AAGAUCCUUGCGCCCUUGUCCCCUCUUGCCCUGAGGAACCAGUACGGACACACGGCGCUCUACAUUGCGGUGGUCAAGGGCCUGCAGCCGCCCCACGGCGAGCUUUUGCUGCCGCAUGUGCGCAAGGAAGGUCUGUUGGCGAGGCAUCGCAACGAGAGCUUUGGUGAAGGUUGGCUGGCCAGCAAGGAGGAGCGCGAGGGAGGGAUCGGCGUGCUUCUUGCGGCAAGUUUGGAUGGGCAAGGCGUUGGGUGA